AUGGAUAUGGUAAGCGGCACGAGGUCCCGUUGUAUCGGUGACGAGGCACCGCGGGUGGCGGAGCGCCGCGGCGACGCGCCGGGGGGCGAAGUCCUAUCUCCCAUUGUAGGCACCUUCAACACCGAGGCGAGUUCCCGCGUUGACAGUAGAACAAUGGCGGUGUUGCCGCACCUCGGUAACUUUUUACCGAGCGGCAGUCAU